AUAAUCCUUGAAUUAUAAUUAACAAGUUAUAAAAAAUAAUCAUAUGGUAAAAAUUACAAAAUUGAGACGCUACACUGGCGAGGGUUUUUAAAAUUGCUUGGACAGAGCAUAACUCUCAAGUCACUCUGCUUCUUGUACUCGCCAAUCAAAGAGGACAUAAUGUUAAAAACGAUAUCUGUGAAGUCAAAAUGUUUUGUAUACAAAUUUCGUAUUAAAAAUUAUGACUCGUGACUCACUGUAGUUGAAUAAUAUUUUGCUUACAUUGAGAACAACAAAUUGAGAAUGUUCAACAUGUUUUAUUUAGUUGUUUUUUAGCUAUAUGGACCAGUAAUUUAAGGACAAUGGAAGAUUCUGUAAAACACUGUACUGAACCUACAAUUUGUUCAAAUAAUACAGGAAAACUUCAAAAUAAAAGAGGACGGCCAGUUAAAUCAAAAAAUAUUCAAUUUGGUCCACAACCGACAUCGAUUAUUUCUCAGUUACUUCGAAAAAAUGUAAAAAAAUUGGUUAAGCAUAAUAAUAUUACUAAUGAGCAAGUACCAACCAUCGUUGAGGGUGAUAAAAAAGAUGAAGACACCAAUUUUUUAUGUGUAGUUUGUUCGUUAAGGAUGAGUAAUAAGAAAGAAUAUAAAAAGCAUUUAAAAAUACACAAAAAUUAUUCCUGCAAAUUUCCUGAAUGUAACUAUACUACAAAGUUAUCAUCAAAUUUAAUAAAACAUAAAAGAAAGCAUACUUCAGAAAAGCCCUACUUAUGUGACCAGUGUACAUUUAGGACCAAUUUUAUUAACUCUUUGAAAGUUCAUAAAAGGAUUCACACAGAAGAAAGACCCUAUGCUUGUAAACAUUGCAGUUACAAAUGUAACAGUAGUUCUAACUUGAAGAAACACUGUCAAUAUCGUCAUCUAAAAAACAUUCCAUAAUUUUUUAUUGUUAAUGUAAAGUUGUUUUAUGUAAAUAUAAUAUUUAAUAUAAGUGUUUUUGGGAUGACCACUUGCUUAUUAAUCAUAUUAA